UGUGGAAUCCCGCGAAGCGGAAUUGCUGGCGGAUUCGGAUUCCCGUACUUCGAUACCUGUCCUCCAGCUCACGGCACCGGAGUGAAACGCGACCGCGCUUGCGGGGAACGCAAGCUUGGCCGGUGCGCUGUCCGUUCCGAUGGCCGACACCACCGAUCAAGACGGGGCCGCGGCCAGCGACAGCCAGCCUUCCAGGCCGCCCAGCUCGGGAUCGAAGAACGACCCCCGCGAGACCAGCGACAAGGAGUCCAUCGACACCGACCAGCCCGAGCCCGAGCCCGACCCCGAACCCGAGCCCGCGUUCCCCCUGCUGCAGAACAACGCCAGCAGCGUAGCUCUCCCGCAGGCGGUCCCGGCGCAGCACCGCGCGGCCGAGGACGACAACGACGAGGAGCCGGCGGUGGCGCGGCCCUUCCACCGGACCACGGGCCUCGAGUCCUCCGCGCGGCCGUCGACGCCGCCCGACGAGCAGGCGCCGGCGCCCUCGGCCUACAAGAUGCACAAGUUCACGCUGUACGAGACGGCGAGCCGGUACUACAUCGUGGGCGGCGAGGUGACGGAGAAGCGGUACCGCAUCCUCAAGAUCGACCGCAACACGCACGACUCCGACCUGAGCAUCACCGACGACGGCAUCGUCUACACCAAGAAGGAGAUGAACUCGCUGCUCAACACCAUCGACGACGGCAACGUGGCCACCGGCGGCAUCAAGGAGCGCUGCACCACCUGGGGCAUCCUCGGCUUCAUCAAAUUCACCGGCCCCUACUACAUGCUGCUGAUCACCCGCAAGAGCACCGUCGCCAUGAUCGGCGGCCACUACAUCUAUCAGAUCGAGGACACCCGGCUCAUCCCCCUCACCCCGGCCAAGUACAAGACCGACGCCCGCCACGUCGAGGAGCAGCGCUUCCUCAACAUCCUCACGAACCUCGACCUGACCCGGUCCUUCUACUUCAGCUACUCCUACGACAUCACCCGGACCUUGCAGCACAACAUCACCAAGGAGAGGACCGCGUUGCUGAACGGCCUCGCACCGGGCACCACGUACGGCGAUUACAACUCCAUGUUCAUUUGGAACAGCCAUCUGCUGCGCCCCGCCGAGGAGUCUCUGGCCCAGCCUUUCGACUGGUGCCGUCCGAUCAUACACGGCUACAUCGACCAAGCGGCUAUCUCGAUCUACGGCAGGGUCGCCCACAUCACCAUAAUCGCGCGGCGAUCGCGCUACUUCGCCGGCGCUCGGUUCUUGAAGCGCGGCGCCAACGACCUGGGCUACGUCGCGAACGACGUCGAGACCGAGCAGAUCGUCUCCGAAGCGCAGACCACCUCGUUUCACUCGGCCGGGCCGAAGCUCUUCGUCAACUCCCAGUUCACGUCCUACGUCCAGCACCGGGGGAGCAUCCCCCUCCACUGGACGCAGGACAACACGGGCGUGACCCCCAAGCCCCCGAUCGAGCUUAACCUCUUCGACCCCUUCUACACCGCCGCGGCGCUGCAUUUCGACAACCUGUUCGAGCGCUACGGGUCGCCCGUCUACGUGCUCAACCUGAUCAAGGCGCGGGAGCGGACGCCGCGGGAGUCCAAGCUGCUGCACGAGUACACGAACGCUAUCGACUACCUCAACCAGUUCCUACCUGACGGUCACAAGAUCAUCCACAAAGCUUGGGACAUGAGCAGGGCGGCUAAGAGCAAGGACCAGGACGUGAUCGGUACGCUCGAGAACAUCGCCGAGUCCGUCGUCACGGCGACCGGCUUCUUCCACAACGGCGACGGCGACGUCACGCCGAUCCGGGCGCAGAACGGUGUCGCGAGGACGAACUGCAUCGACUGCCUCGACCGCACCAACGCGGCCCAGUUCGUCAUCGGGAAGCGCGCGCUCGGGCACCAGCUCCACGCUCUCGGCAUCAUCGAGCACACCACGAUCGAGUACGACACCGACGCGGUGAACCUCUUCACCCACAUGUACCACGACCACGGCGACACCAUCGCCGUCCAGUACGGCGGGUCCCAGCUCGUGAACACGAUGGAGACGUACCGCAAGAUCAACCAGUGGACGAGCCACUCGCGCGACAUGAUCGAGAGCUUCAAGCGCUACUACAACAACUCCUUCCUCGACAGCCAGCGCCAGGAGGCCUACAACCUCUUCCUCGGCAACUACAUCUUCUCGCAGGGGCAGCCCAUGCUGUGGGACCUGUCGACCGACUACUACCUCCACCACGCGGACCCGAGGACGUGGCUGCAGAAGCGGAAGCACGACUACAUCAACUGGUUCACGCCCGCGUACCUGGAGAAGAAGACGGUGCCCCGCUACGUGGCGCCCAAGGGCGAGCUGGCGAGCAAGCCCGUCUCCUUCUUCGACGACUACUGGCUCGAGUACUACCGCCCGUCUACGCUGUCGUCCUUCCCCAAGAUGUUCUCGUACAAGAUGAAUUCGACCAUCAAGUACAUACCCUUCAAGUCCGCCCAGGAGGGCAGGUACGACCUGAGUCCGUUCCGCGUCCGCACCGACGGGGACUCCGAGAUGUCCGAUCGGUGGAGGCGGCCCGUAGUAGCCAAGAAGGAGGUGACCAUCGUCGACCCGGCAGAGUCCGUCCAAUCGCUCGACGAGGACUCCGAAUCCGUCAUGACGGAGCGGGCCACCGUCCGGGGCAUCUCCAUCCAGCGCUGGCUCCAGCCGAUACAGCCGGACAGGGGCCCCACGAUCCGCCACAGCAUCAUGAAGGACUCGGCGGGCCAGGACUACGCCAAGCCGAAGCAGACGCCGCAGGAGAAGUCCAAGGCGGCGCAGUGGACAUUCGCCAACAUCGUGCAGGAGUCGCUGAACCCGUCGGUGAGCGCGCAGGAGGCGGAGGACUACGCGCGGUACAUCAGCCACCCGCAGAGCCUCCCACUGGUCGUCUCGACCGAGGCGCCGCCCGACAUCGACUCGUCCGAGUACCAGGAGUACCUGAACAGUAGCAGCUGGCUCGCCGAAGGGCCGAUGACCUCGUACGGGGGCGCCGGCGGCGGCGGUGGCGACGACGACGACCCCGAGGGCUACGCUGACCUGCUGCGGAUCGGCGAGAACCCGCUUACUGUGACGGACGAGGACCUGCCCAAGAAGCGGUACAAGGCGUACGGGAAGUGGCUCCGGGGUAAGUCGCUCUUCAAGCAGCAGCCGGUAGAUUGAGAGGUGCAAUGCAUACAAGUAGGUGUCUGUAGGCGACGGAUUAGGGCCCCCCUUUAGACCCGCACCUAUCUCUCCUCUAUGUGGACACGAGUAUGUAGAGAGGAGCUCUAACUGUGCGUUAUGUGGGAUUACCGACGUCUCUCGCAAAAAGUUUGCCCAACCGCGGCUCCGUCUCGAUAAGCGGGGUGACCCGCGCGUCCAUAUCGUCGCGCGCAACCGCCUUCAUCACCGCCUGCAGCAUAUUGGCGGCGGCGGCAAGUUCUAUCUCAAUAUCGCUCCUGCUCGCGAUCGGGUCCUGUUGAUCCUCGAGGUUAAGCCAGCAGAGCGCGAGGGCCUUAACGAUAUCGUUGCAGUAGCGCGGCACGCGCGGCCAGCAGGCGCGCAGAACGGCGCGCAGCAAGCGCGCGGCGGUGAGGAGGGACGGCGGGUGCUGAGGCCCGAAGGGGUCGCUCAGUAUGGUCGAGAUCAUAGGGAUGAUGUCCUGGACAAGAGAGUUAAUAAUAAAGAGUGUAUACAUUUGUGAGGUAGUGAGAAGGCGCGGGAGUUAAUUGAUAUAUCAGGGACAAGGUGUAAUCGGGGGUAAUGAAGACCGUAUAAUACGUAUACGUUAGGAAUUGGCAAAGAAUACAUGACCAAGCUGAUACAAAGUUGAAAGAAAGUAAGGUGGACAAGCAACGAGAAGAGGCUGAGUUUGCGUGUACGUGCCUUGAGGUGC